UGCUGUUGGAGUACCAAGCAUAACUGAUGUGCCAAAGAUUAGUGAGAAUUUAAAGUUAAAGGUUGAAGAGAAACUGGGUGAAUCCAUUGACAGGGGAAGUGGAACGGUCGACAUCUUAAUAGGUAUCAACUACCCCAAGAUGCAUGCUGGGAGAUGUGUUGACAUGGGCAACUACAUUACAAGAAAGUCCCCAUUAGGAUGGGUAUUGUUCGGUACUAACACUGAUAAGGCCACGAGUCAACAACAGAAUCCAGUGCUUCUAGUAAAAUUAGCUCAGCCUGUCGACAUGUCAAAAUUUUGGUCUACAGAAGAGAUGGGGGUAAAGAUAACAGAAUGUGAAUGUACAAGAAAGGACGUUUCACUCAGUCCGGACGACAACAAACGAUUUGCUGAGAUGUGGGACUCAUGUGAGAAAGGCGAAGAUGGACGAUGGGUCAUGCCAUACCCUUGGAUUAAACCACCAGAAAGUCUACCAAACAAUGAAAGCCAGUGUUAUGCCAAAUUAUGUUGCUUAGAAAAGCGACUAAAGAAGACACCAAAUGCAGCAGAACAAUACAACAAGGCUAUUGGAGAUCUGGUAGAGCGUGGAUUUGCGAAGAAACUCACCAACAAAGAUAAAACUGAAUACCAUGGACCUGUUCAUUUUAUCCCACACCAUGCUGUUAUUAGACCGGAAAAUGCAAGUACACCUAUAAGGAUAGUCUUCAACUCCUCGAGUGUGUGCAACGGUGUGUCGUUAAAUGAUCACUUUCACAAGGGACCUGACCUACUGAAUAAUCUAAUGGGAGUCAUCAUGAGGUUUAGAGAACACAGGGUGGCUAUUGCAGGUGACAUCAGCAAGAUGUUUUACCAGGUGAAGAUUCCACUACAAGAUAUGCAUGUGCACCGGUUUUUGUGGAGAAACUUUGAACAGAGAACUCCUGAUACAUAUGUACUCACCAUUGUUACACCAGGUGAUAAACCUGCACCAGCCAUGGCAAUUACAGCUCUUUUGAAAACAGCGAAGGAAAAUGAACAUGACUACCCUGAAGCGGCAAAGGUACUACAAAGCGACACGUACAUGGACGACAUUUGCACGUCUGUACAAAGUGAACAUUCUGCUGUCAAGAUUACAGAGGACAUUGACCAAGUUCUGUCAACAGCUGGAUUUAAAGUCAAGAAGUGGGUGUCGAAUGCUAAGCUUAACCGAAAUCAAGACUUUGGUGAACAAGGUGUGUUGACUGGAAAUGACGAACAGAAGGUACUUGGAGUUGUCUGGGAGCCUGAAAGGGAUGUUCUCAAAUACAAGGUACAACAGGAUGACAAACCAAGUAAACUAACAAAACGAAUAGUCUUAAGCGCGAUUUCCAAAAUCUUUGAUCCCAUCGGAUUUGCAGGAGCCUUUUUGAUCCGUGCAAAGAUUAUGAUUCAGCGACUGUGGUCUACUGGAAUUGGCUGGGAUGAUGGACUUAAUGCUGAGGAGACAACUAACUGGCUUAACUUUUUUAAUGAGAUGAAAGGUUUGGAUGGCGUUUCGUUUGUAAGGUGUUUGAUUCCUGACCCGAAUGCCAAGACAUUACAAUUAGUUAUAUUCUGUGAUGCCUCCGAGACUGCUUUCGGAGCUGUGGGCUAUACACGGUUGGAGAUGUGUGAUGGUUCAGUUUGUGUAAAGUUUCUGACAGCGAAGUCUCGCGUUGCACCUCUCAAAGUGUUAACAAUUCCAAGACUGGAACUGCAGGCAGCAGUAUUAGCCACAAGACUCUACACUACUAUAGUUAAAGAAAUGUCGGUGAAGUUUGAGAAGGUUAUAUUCUUAUCGGAUUCUAUCAUCGCACUAUCAUGGAUUAGAGGGCAAUCGCGCCAAUAUAAGCCAUUUGUCUCAAACAGGGUGGCUCAAAUUCAAGGUAGCACAGACCCGUCGGACUGGCGACACAUCCCAGGUCAACACAACAUCGCUGACAAAAUAUCUAGAGGUGUGUGUGUAAGUGAGUUAGAUGGAGUCUGGAAAGAAGGCCCGUCAUUUCUCAAGUUACCAGAAGAUGAAUGGCCAAGAUCUAUUCCAAAGGCAAAAGAAUCUGAUGUAGAUUUGGAGAAGAGAAAGGUCAGAACUGUGCUGGUGGUCCAAAACCAUGAAAAGUCAAUCGAUGAAAAUAAAUAUUCAAGUUGGAGAAGACUAGUCAGAGUUACGGCUUAUGUCUUUAGAUUCUUAACCAAUGCUAGAGCAAAAUGCUGUGUGGAUGAUGGUCCACUCUCAGUCCAUGAAUUGAUGGUUGCGGAGCGAUAUUGGAUAGUGGAGGCACAGAAAUCCCUGGAGACACUUAAAGAAUACAAGACACUCAGCCCCUUCAAGAUGAGCGGUGUAAUCUAUGUUGGUGGACGCACUGGAAAUCGAAGAUUAUCAUAUGAUCAGGCAUAUCCUGUUCUUCUCCCAAGGUCCCAUCAUAUCUCCUACUUGAUAACAAGACAUGUACAUGAGACCGGACACUAUGGCGUUGCUACAACUGCUGCCAAAGUAAGACAGAGGUUUUGGGUGAUUAAUGGUACCACACUUGCCAAGACUGUUAAAUUCCGAUGUACGAAGUGUAGAGCAUUUGCUCACAGGACCGAGACACAGAUAAUGGCAGGACUUCCAUUGGAACGUAUGACACCCUUUUCCCCUCCAUUCCUGUAUACUGCAUGCGAUUAUUUCGGACCUUACCAUGUAAGAGUAGGAAGAAACAAGACCACUAAACAUUAUGGAGUGAUAUUUACGUGUUUAGUUACUCGAGCAGUACAUUUAGAGCUAGCGGUUGACUGUUCAACUCAAGAGUUUAUCCAGGUUCUAAGACGUUUCUAUGCUAUCAGAGGACAGCCAAACCUCAUACAGAGCGACAACGGCACACAAUUUGUGGGAGCUGAACGUGAGCUGAGAAUGAUGAUAGCCGGGUGGGAUAAAGAAAAGCUAACUGAAUACUGUGCCGAAAAGAAAGUCACCUGGAAAUUUACAACCCCUUUGGCACCACAUCACAAUGGCUGCGCAGAAUCUCUUGUAAAGAGUUGUAAGCACGCAUUGAAAAAAUCCAUAGGUGAUCAACUGCUGACCCCAUUCGAGCUGUACACUUACUUGCAGGAAGUAGCUAAUUUAGUCAACUCAAGACCGAUAGGAAGAAAACCUAACGACCCUGAUGAUGGAUCAUACAUCAGCCCGAAUGACAUCUUGCUUGGAAGGUCAUCCAGUCAUGUGCCACAAGGCCCCUUCAGGAAAACUAAAAACCCGCAGAAACGUGUUGAAUAUGUGCAAAG